AUGAACGUUCCAUAUCUUGAUUUUCACAAUUUUGACUUGGAUAGAACUGAAAAUUCCUUUGCAGAGGACCAGGUCUGGGCUACUUACGAUGAUGAUGAUGGAAUGCCCCGCUAUUAUGCUAGAAUUCACAAGGUGGUUUCAACAAAGCCAUUUAGAAUGCGGAUCAGUUGGCUUAACUCUCGAAGCAACAAUGAAUUAGGCCCAACAGAUUGGGUAGGUUCUGGUUUUUACAAAACCUGUGGGGAUUUCAGGACUGGCAAGCGAGAAGUCUGGGCUCUCUAUAGAAACUGGGCUCCUGAUUGGGAUGAAAAUACUCCAGAUGAAGUUAUACAUAAGUAUGAUAUGGUGGAAGUGCUUGAAGAUUUCAAUGAAGAGGAAGGUGUAUUGGUCACACCACUUGUUAAGGUUGAUGGUUUUAAGACGGUGUUUCACAGACACAGUCAUGAUCAGGCAAGAAAGAUUCCUAAGUACGAUACUUACCUGCAAGUUCAUUCUUAA